UUCAUUUUAUAUGAAGGUUAACGAUUUUAAAUGAUUCUUUAGGAAACAAAAAAGCCUCGAUGGACUGAUUAAUGAUGACAUAAUAUAGACCCUUAGAACUUCCUCUACACAUUUGAGAUGUUAAUCUCUUGGCCACGAUUGAAAUAAACUUCACUGUACAUAUCAAAUAAUAAUAUCCCUUUGCAUAAAAGCAUAUGUCUUUGCUAUAAAAGAUUAUGACUGGAAAACAUGAACCCUUUAGCAAUCUGCGCACUGAUAUAUACUUUAUUGUUCUGCUGGUGGGAUCACGUGAAGAAUCGGACCCAAUAGAAUGGCAGGCAACGUUCAAUUUAUUAGCUGACUGUAGUUCUUUGUGAGGCCAAGAUACUUGAAAAUCUACAGUUUCUUAUUUACUGAGGAUAGCGCGCUCUGUGUAUUUUUACAAUGUCGACUGCAGGGACUCUUGCCAAUUAUUAUGUAGACUCUCUUAUAAUCCACGAGGGCGAGGAUCUCCUACAGUCCAGAUAUCCCUCUGCUCCAGUGGUUCAACAAGCAGGGCAGGCAGCUUUGGGUGAGCACACUGAACCGACACCAUGUAGUUUUCAGCCUAAACCCUCUGUAUUCAGCACAACCUGGAGCCCCGUUCACACUCAAGCACAGAGCAAUGUUUCCGCGGUGUAUCACCCGUACGCGCAUCACCAGGGUCCGGCUGGAGAAUCCGAUGGAAGGUACAUGCGUUCUUGGUUACUGGAGCCCAUGCCCGGAGCCUUGCCUUUCCCCGGAUUAACACCAAACAGGCACUACGACAUUAAACCCGAGCCGCUGAGCAGGAGAGGUGACUGCACCACGUCUGAAACACACACUUUGCUUUUCUCUGAAUAUCCUGGCCUGUCUUCUUCAGGAGAGCAGGACAAAGAUUCCAGUGAAAUUGCGUUUCCAGAGAAUAGUGCUGUUGAAGACAAAACAGAAAUAGAUCCAAAUAAUCCUGCUGUCAACUGGCUGCAUGCAAGCUCGACAAGAAAAAAGCGCUGCCCGUAUACGAAGCACCAGACGCUAGAGUUGGAAAAGGAGUUUCUGUUUAACAUGUAUCUCACCAGAGAACGGAGACAUGAAGUGGCAAGACAGCUAAAUCUUACCGAAAGACAAGUUAAGAUCUGGUUUCAAAACAGGAGGAUGAAGAUGAAGAAAAUCAAUAAAGAUCGUCCGAAAGACGAGUGAUAAUAGUGGAGUAGUUGCUGCAAAACGUGAGAACCUUGCAGGCCUCGUUGAACGAGGGCCUAUCAUUUCAUGACAUCACACAACUUUCCUUAUUGUCAAAUAUUAAAAUAAUAUGCCAGUGGCUUUAAUAAAGCAAAGGGAAUUCACAAGGCGUUUGAAUGGGGUUUUAGUCGAUGUAUUAGUUAAAUAUUCUUUACAUGAAAACUACCUUUUACUGCACAACUUGCUAAUGGGCUAUUCAUUUCGAUAGGUGUAUAGGGCAGUGAAUGGGUUUCAAUGUAGCAGAUCCACCUGUGCCCAUACUUGAAUUGUUGUCUUACUGUGAUAGCUAUGUUUGUGAGUGGAAUUUGUGUUCUGGUGUUGAGCCAGUUGUCUUUGUGGAAACUACAUGUCGAUUGAACUCAGGUUGGAAAUGAGGAAAGGGCCGCUGAAACUAUACGAUUGUAAAUAAGAAUACGUAGGUGUUAUAAAUAAAACCAGUAAACGUACUGCAAGUAAUGAAAUGCGCUAACAAAUUAAUGGGGUUCGUGUUAUCAAACCUGUUUAAAAUAACGCAUUUAAUUGAAUUCAGAAUAAUUUGAUAUGCUGUCUCUUAAGGAUAAAACGGAACAAAGACUUUGAUAUUAUUUGUUUAACACAGAACAAAUGUUAGAUGUUUUUGACUACAUAUAUGUAAUUUAAUAGAGCUGCCUUAUUCAUGUAACAAUAAGCAUAACAUCGUUGGAAGGCUUACAUAGCUGUAAUGUUUUAUUCGUGACGGUAUUGAGCAAGGUAGAACGCUUUGACGUGUGUGUGUACAUGAAAUCACUUUUCAAACUGAGGGACAUUUCUCUGUAAGAAAACAUUGUAUACAUUUUGGAAAGAUUACCUCGCGGCCUGUUGACCAAACGUUUAUGUUUUCCAAUGUAGUUCCGUUUGUAUUUUAAUAAAAGGGUGUGUCUUCCCAACAUGUCCAUGGAUAUUAAUUUAUUGAGCGUUAUAAAUCACUUCCUCGGUCGCUUCUAAAUAGAUGAUCAUUUCUAAAAAUUAUAUUAU